AUGAGACGCAAAUUCUGUGGCGGCGCGACUUGGGCGGAUGACCAAUCUUCGUACAACAUUUACCUAUAUGGCGGUUUUGGGUUUGGAGAGAACACGACAGGCUUCGACGAUGUCUACAUCUUGACAAUGCCGACUUUCGAAUGGAUCAAAUGGUAUCCCGACAGCCCAGGCCCAGGGUCACCGCACGGCAUGCUCACCUGCAAUGUGAUUGACCGCGGCCAGAUGAUAGUCAUGGGCGGCAACUUCACCAACACGACGGCGUGCGACGUGCCCGCCAUCCAGGGCCAGCAUAACCUGAAUUUGGGCCAGUACGACAGCACCAACGCCAAAUGGUACCCUUACCUGCCAAACCUGACGGAUUACUUUGUGCCCCCAGCGAUCCUGCAAGUUGCGGGUGGAACACCUGAAGGCGGAGCUAUCAAGAAAGCACCAGUGUCUGGCUGGGACGACGACCGCUUGUCAGUGUAUUUCAGCGAGAAAGCCGUCGUCGCCGCCCGUACGCCGACGCGUGCCCUUCCUGCAGCGACCACGACGCCUCCGGCCCCGAAACCAACGCCCUCGCAUCCGCCGGGCAACAAGACCGACACUGGCGCGAUUGUGGGCGGCGCCGUCGGAGGCACUGGCGGCCUGGUAUUGGUGAUCGCGCUGGCGUGGUGCUGCAUACGACGGCGUAAGAACAAGGUUAUCAACGAACAAAGUGACAAUAACCCCAACAACACCGCGGCGUCUACGGCGGCGACGACACCCAUCCCCGGCGCCGCGCAGCCGUUCAGUCCCACCUCGCCGCAACAGCACGGGUACGUGAUGAACGAGAAAUACUCGACCACGGCGGUGGGCUCGCCAGGCUCGACGACCAGCCGCGUCGGAUCGCCGAGCGACCAACUGCACUCAUCGUCGCAGUACAGCACGCCGCCGCCCCUGCCUCCUCCUGCACCUGUGCCUCCCCAGCAACUCCCCAGCCACCCAGAAUAUCCGAACUACUACUACGCCGCGACAGCUCCGAUCCCCUCCCCCCAGCAGUAUUACCCCGUGGUCAUCCCGGGCCAGUCACACCAGCAAUACCAACCUCACCACCACCACCAGCAACAACACCACCACCAAGGGUACUCAUCACCAUACCCUAUCCCCAUGCACGGCGCGCAAACAGCUCAGGGGAUGACCCCGAUACCUUUCUACCCGCCUCCGCCUCCGCCACCUUCAGAUCCGACUCGCACGCAGUCCCACGAGAUGCCUACCGUGCGCAGCCCGGAGAUUGUCCAGGUCCACCAGCCGAAGCCGCUGAGGCCUGAGGAAGGGUUGGAGUAG